AUAAUAUUAUUAUUAAUUAAACAAAUAUUUGAAGAUAUAUAGAGUGUGAGAAAGUUGCAGUGGAUACAGUUGGGAAGUUAUGAGGACACCAACAAACAGAAAUGUGAGAAUCAUACCAUUUCAGUAUCCAUAUACUGAUGGAAAUGGGACAGCAUCGACAUCGUUGACUCCUUCGUUGUCGAGAUGGAAGGAGAAGUUUGACCGAAUGAAAAUGAUGGAUUGGGUUGAGAUGUUUGUUCCUUGUACAAGGUGGAUUAGGACUUAUAAUUGGCGUGAGUAUUUACAGCCUGAUUUGGUUUCAGGUGUUACUGUUGGUAUCAUGCUUGUUCCACAGUCUAUGUCAUACGCCAAGCUAGCUGGACUUCAACCAAUAUAUGGACUUUAUACCGGAUUAGUACCGAUAUUUGUGUAUUCCAUAUUUGGGUCAUCACGUCAACUUGCCGUUGGUCCAGUAGCAUUGGUUUCAUUAUUGGUCUCAAAUGUUCUAGGCAAUGUUGACUCAUCUGGUGAAUUGUAUACAGAACUAGCUAUACUAUUGUCACUAAUGGUUGGGAUUCUAGAAUGCACAAUGGGGCUCUUGAGGCUAGGAUGGCUGAUACGAUUUAUCAGCCACUCUGUGAUUUCUGGCUUUACUACAUCUUCAGCAAUUGUUAUUGCCCUGUCUCAGGCAAAAUACUUCUUGGGAUAUAGUGUAGAGAGAAGCAGCGAAAUAAUUCCUCUGGUUAGGAGUAUAAUAUCAGGGGCAGAUAAGUUCUCAUGGCCUCCUUUCGUGAUGGGUUCAACGAUUCUUGCAAUCAUGUUGACCAUGAAGCACUUGGGUAAAACGAGGAAGAACUUACGGUUUUUGCGAGCAGCUGGUCCCCUUACUGCAGUUGUUUUGGGUACAACUUUUGUGAAAAUAUUUCAUCCAUCUUCUAUAUCUCUGGUGGGAAAUAUACCUCAAGGGCUUCCCUCGUUUUCCAUCCCUAAAGAGUUUGGGCAUAUGAAGUCUUUAAUCUCUACAACAUUUCUAAUUACUGGAGUGGCUAUACUGGAAUCUGUUGGGAUCGCCAAAGCCCUAGCUGCAAAGAAUGGAUAUGAAUUAGAUUCAAAUCAAGAGUUAUUUGGCCUUGGAGUAGCUAAUAUUUUCGGGUCCUUCUUCUCAGCAUACCCUGCAACAGGUUCCUUCUCAAGAUCAGCCGUUAAUCAUGAAAGUGGUGCAAAAACUGGUUUGUCAGGAAUUAUUAUGGGCCUUAUCAUAUGCUCAGCUUUGUUAUUCAUGACACCAUUGUUUGAAUAUAUACCUCAGUGUGCUCUGGCUGCCAUUGUCGUCGCGGCUGUCAUUGGACUUGUGGACUAUGAAGAAGCAAUAUUCUUAUGGCGAGUAGAUAAGAAAGACUUUUUUCUCUGGACAGUUACCAGUGCAACUACAUUAUUCCUCGGGAUAGAGAUUGGUGUCCUUGUUGGCGUUGGUUUUUCGCUUGCUUUUGUGAUACAUGAAUCUGCAAAUCCACAUAUUGCUGUGUUGGGGCGUCUUCCUGGCACCACUGUUUACCGAAACACCCAACAGUAUCCAGAAGCAUAUACUUACAAUGGAAUUGUGAUUGUUCGCAUAGAUGCUCCUAUCUAUUUUGCCAAUACAAGCUUUAUAAAAGACAGGUUGCGGGAGUAUGAACUUGCAGUUGACCAAUCCACCAGCCGACGUGGACCAGAAGUUGAAAGAAUAUAUUUUGUGAUCCUAGAGUUGGCACCUGUUACCUAUGUUGACUCCAGUGCAGUUCAAGCUUUGAAAGAGCUGUACCAAGAAUACAAAUCAAGAAAUAUCCAGAUAGCCAUUGCUAAUCCAAACAGAGAUGUUCUUUUAACUCUAGCAAAAUCUGGAUUUAUCGACCUAGUAGGUAAAGAAUGGUGUUUUGUAAGAGUGCAUGAUGCUGUUCAAGUUUGUCUUCAAUAUGUGCAGACCUCAGUCCCUUCCCCGAGAACACCACGACCAUCUAUUCACAACAGUUCCAGCUAUUCAGACAUGCUGAAAGAGAGACGUAAAGAGGACUUCUCCGCAGCUGAAACGGAGUCGGGUGAAAGAGGACGUUUACUAUCCAGAGACUCAGACCCUACAUUGGAGCCAUUGUUGGAGGAAAUAUCUCGAAACUGAUGUCUUUUUUUGCUUAUAAAUUUGUAUUGGCUUGUACUAUAUUUAAUAAGUACGAUUAUACUUGAAACUCCUUAACCCUGAUGAUUUUUUCAGUUGGAUGAGGAGGCUUGGGAUUCUAACCUGUAACUGCCAUUCAAGCCAAGUAUUUUUUUUUUGGCUUGUCCAUCUCUUCUAUUGGUCCUUUUUGUUAUAUGUAUACAAUUUAGUCCUCGAGUUCA